CUCGUUGGCAUCAGAGCCGGACAAAUCCCAACCCGCGCCAGGCAAAGAUAAAUGACUCCUGGCUCCCCCGGCGGCUCAGGGGGCCUGGGCGGGGGCGGAGAGGGGAGGAAGCCGUCGGCCGCCGGAGGUAGAGACUGUGGAGGUCCUCCUCCCGGCCCCAAACGAAUGAGCCCCUGCGGCCCGAGCAGAGAGAUACGCCUCAGAGGGACGACUGAUGGGGAAGGAUGGUGGGCAACGAGUCCGCGCUAGGCGGGAAACACCGAGUGAGGCAGAGGAUCUCAGGCCCAAGGUGGCUGCGAAGAGCCCCGAGGCCUCGGCUUGGCGUCAACGUCCCGCCACCCUCGAGCCCGGGUCACUGCCCGGGUCCCGGCCCCGAGCCCCGGCGUCCUCUCCCGACAGCGCCACCGCGUGGGCUGAGGCCGAAACCUUCGGCGCCGGCUCUGCCCGUCGCGUCCCGGAGCCAACCCUUCCGCGUCGCCUGCAGUCCACGGGUUAAGGAUGUGGCGGGGGAUGGGCAGGUCCCUGCCCCAGGGUACCACCAGGCCACUCAACACAAAAACGCCGUGGCGCAUGCAAAAUACGAACGCCCACAGUUUGCCCCAACCCCUUGAAAUGAAAAGUACACCUGGAAAUCCCAAGCCACAGCACCCCGUCCGCACCCCAAAUUUCAGGCAGGCCAGCAGGCGUCCAGAAAUCCGCUCCCACCCCUCGUAGGGGCAGGCAAGCUCAGGCAGCCGGGUGCAAGGGGGCCCAAACCGCAGUUGCCUCCCGAACGCUUUGCGGCUAUGGGCCCACGCCGGUCUUGAACCAAGCGGAGAGGGCGAAAAAGCCCGCUGCGGGACCCAAGGUCCCAGACACCUACUGGAGCCAGGAACGAAGGGGGCAGUGUAUCCGGCGGCCCAAACUCGUAAGGAGUGGGGGCCAACUUAGAGGGCUUCCCGAGCUGGCGCCUUGCCUGUUUUCUUGGUAUCGCGAAUCCCCUCGGACACCCUUUCAGUCCGUCAAGACCUUGGCCUCCAGGAAAGGCCCAGGUGGCUGUGACGGCGGCGACUAGGGCUCAGUUCUCCCCCACCCCGUGGUGCCUUCCCUCCCCGCCCUACAGCCAAGCCCAGAGGAACAGGGCAUCACCUCGCGCGGUCCCGGAGCCACAUCGGACUUGGGAACCCCGUGUCGGGCUUAGAGGACUUCACUGAGCAGGUUUGGGUUUAUUUUCAAUAAAUUCAGCUGUUCACACACACCCCCACUACCAUUUCCACGCGCGCGCGCACACACACGCACACAGAGGGACUUGUCAACUAUUGAGACAGCGACCCAGAAAGGUGUAAAUUCACCUGGUGCCCACCCAAUUGCAAAGCUCCCAGACCCACACAAAACACUAGCGAGCCCUGGAGGUCUGAGCGGCCCCGCGCCCGACUCACGGCGCGAACACCAGCGCUCCGGCCGGGUCGCAGGGCCAGUGCCCAGCGGGCCGGGGUCUGGGGAGUCACGCAGCGGGCCGGCUGAGCUCCGGCGCCCCGCGGCCGCGUGGCCUACUCGCCUACUCCCUUAUUAUUGGCUGGGACCUGUUCCUUUCCAAAGUGUGAUGCCCGGUGUCCUACCCUAGGCCACGCGGAGCUCUCUCCAGGCGUGCCGGGCCCUGCGCCCCUGCCCAGUGGCUCACCUCGGCUCGCUGCGCCCGCCUUCGCCCCAAGUGCCCAGGACGGAGCGAGGGGCUGUGGGUCGGCGCAGGGACGCUGGCUGCUCACCUCCAGGAGCCGACAGAAGGUGCCUGCGGCGUCACGCGUCCAGCCCUGGGGCUGAUUUAAAUAACUAAUAAGCUCAGAGAAAUUUUACGAGGGGAACUUUUCCUUUUAGUAUCAAUAAAGCCUAGUAAUUGGGUUUGUUGGUUACCUAAGCUCGAGUUCGACUUUCUCAGUCUCUCUCCCUCUCUCUCUCUCUCUCUCUCAUUCAGAGGCAACGUUUUCAAAAACCGGCAAUUGCGUGUGCGUUUG